AUUUAUGCAUGCAUUAAAAGAAUUGACGUAUAAAAAUUAUUUUGGGUUUUAUUUUUGUUAUUAAUCCUGACAAAAUAUUUACAUUUUAAGAAGUUUAAACAUGCCUGCUGAAAUUGAAAAUAUAAAUCCAAAUGUAUAUCAAAAAUGUAAUGAACGUGAGACUACUGUAGCUGAAUAUGACGAAAACAUUGAAGAUCCAUUUGAUGAGCGUGAAAUAUUCGACCUUAUAAGAAAUAUCAAUGAUCCAGAACAUCCUUUAACACUAGAAGAAUUACAUGUUGUGCAGAAAGAUUUAGUUAAAGUUAAUAGCGAACAAAACUUUGUGAAAAUCAAUUUUACACCCACAAUACCGCAUUGUAGCAUGGCGACUUUAAUUGGGUUAUCAAUUCGUGUGAAAUUGCUCAGAUCACUUCCACCUCGUUUUAAAGUAGAAGUGGAAAUAACCCCUGGUACACAUGCUUCCGAAAAUGCUGUAAAUAAGCAACUAGCAGACAAAGAAAGGGUGGCAGCAGCAUUAGAAAAUUCGCAUUUAGCCGAGGUUAUAAAUCAGUGCAUAUCACACAAUUUAAAACUUUAGAAACGAUUUUUCGUUAACAUAAGGAGCAAUACCGAUAUAAAUAUGUAUGCGUGUAAAAUAAAUGAUAUAGAUACAUAAAACAAUUUUAUUCAGAAUAGAACUGCUAUCAAUACAAUU